ACAUCAGGAACCGAUCCUGAUUCCAGCCUGGCCACCGGCACGGUCAGAUCCCUGAUCAAGUCAUUGGGUGUGCUGUCUCUCCUCGUCGAUCUGGAGGAUUGGACUUCGGUGGAGUUGCCUCUGCAGAUGCUUCUUAGCUAUGCCGUCGACAAGCGGCCCAAGGUCCGGAAAUGUGCUCAAACAUGCAUUGAGAAUCUUUUUAAAGCUUUUCGGAGCAGCGUUGUCAUAAAAAACGGAAGCAAAGCUGUGCACUCUAUGUACCAGAAGCACACGCCUCUGUUAGAGAAGUCGGGUUCGAAGAUACAGUCAGAGUCGGAGCAACUGGAAGCGCUCCAUAUGUUCAAUGUUGUAACAGUUAUUGUUCCGAGCCUAUCUGAGAAAGUCAGGAUAAGGCUUCUGUCCAGUGCUUCUAAACUCUUGGGUCAUAGCUUCUCAUCGCGCACGAGGCACAUUCUUAAGCUUCUCGAAGCACUGGUGGAAUGGACAGAAAUUGAACAUCUUGCUUCUGACUCGGAGAAAGUGCUUUCUGCUCUUACAUCCUACAUAUCUACUGAUAAGAAUCCGAUUGAUACUAUCAUUUCUGCAUCCAUGUUAUUGAAAAAUGGCCUGAAGAAGCUUCACGAUGCACAGCCGAGCUUAUGGAUAAAAUUUCUUCCACCCAUCUUUAGUUCUAUUGCAGGUUACUUGAAUUCUGAUGCUACUACUUCUAAGUGUGCUGAAAAUAUCUUGAAGGAAUUGAUCAACACACAUAUAAACCGGAAACUUUUAUUGAGUACUGGAAGUCCAUUGCGUGAUUAUGAUGAAGAUACCCCUGAAAUGAUGGCAGUCACAUCUAUUUGUACUUUAUUUGAUCAGAUGCUUGGUGCCUGUGAUACUCCCACUGAGAAUAUAUUGGCAGUCAUUUCAGUUUUGUUCCUUGCACUUGGUGAAUUCUCAUUCUUCUUAAUGAAGGGAAUCUUUCUUAAAUUAUCAAAGAAGGCAAUGCAUUUGAAAGAGGAAUCUCCUCAUAUGAAGCAUGUUGAGGCGUGUAUUGGGACCGCUAUAAUUGCAAUGGGACCUGAGAAAGUACUUUCGCUUGUACCAAUAUCUCUUGAUACUGACAAAGCAACUUGCUCAAAUACAUGGAUUCUACCUGUCUUGAAGAGAUAUGUGAUAGGAGCAUCAUUGCAGUAUUUUAUGGAGUGUGUUGUACCCCUUGCAGAAUCUGUGCAGAAUGCUUGUAAGAAAGUUAAGAAAACAUCCAAGCUAAAAGGUCUGCAGUCAUGUUUCCAUGGCCUAAUGGACUUGCUUCCAGCCUUCUGCCGUUAUCCUACUGAUACUUCCAAGAGUUUUAGUGACUUGUCCAAGCUUCUUAUAGCUAUGCUGAAAGAAAGUCAAUCUUUGCAUGCAACCGUAGCGAGUGCAGUGAAGGAGCUUGUGAAUGGAAACAGAAGCUUCAUAAAACCCAAUGAGGGUGCAAAACCUAGUGCUGAUCUUCGCUCUGCACUUGAAUUAAGUAAGCGUGAAGCCAGAGAUCUGUUUAAUUGCUACUCAGAGAAAACUGCAUCUAGGAACAUUAAGGCAUUAGCCUGCAGCUCCAUGGAGUUAUUCUGGGUUCUUACAGAUAUAUUUUGGGAUUCUCCUCCUGAUAAGCACUUCCUGAAGGAAGCAAUUGGCUGUUUGGCUUCUGUCCUGGGGCGUGAGAAGAUUAAAGACUUCUUUGUUUCAUCAUUGGAGAAGUGUGAAGCUGGAGAUGAUUUACUUGAAACAAGAAAAUUGGAGGAUAUCCUAGAAGUUGAUAUAAAUGGAGGGAUAGAGAAUGCAUCUAAAAAGAAAGGGUUCAAAAACAGGAGGUGCUUGAUCAUGGAGCUGGCAUCAUCUUUUGUUGAGACAGCUGAUGAAGACCUGAUUAAUAUAAUCUUCAGCUUUAUAAAGUCCAACUUAUUGGAUACAGAUGGAACCUGCCAUAUCGAAGCAUAUUAUGCAUUGAAUAGAAUUUUAGAGGUACACAGUUGGUUUUUCGAAAUUCGAGUAGAUGAAUUGAUGGAUCUUCUUUUCAGUGUAAAGAUUUCAGCCGACAGUGAUGCCAUUAAAAACCGCUUCUUAUGUUUGCAUUAUUUAUUGGUUCAUAUCCUACAGAAAAAUGAUAAGAAUGUGGACAAUAAGGCAUUUCUGAUUCUCAAUGAGAUAAUCAUCACAUUAAAGACAAAGAAAGAAUCUAGAAAGUUGGCAUAUAAUGUACUGCUGAAUAUAAGUUGCACCUUGAAGGAAACCCAAGAUACUGAUCCAGAGUCCGGUCUCCAGAAACUGCUUAAUAUGGUAAUGGGUUAUCUUUCUAGUUCAUCACCUCACAUAACGAGUGGAGCAAUUUCUGCGCUUUCAUUGUUGAUAUACAAUGAUGCGAGAUAUUGUAUAGCUGUACCAAACCUGAUAUCAACUGUACUAACUUUGCUUCAAAAGAAAGAUAUUGAAAUUAUUAAAGCAGCUUUGGGCUUCAUUAAAGUUUUAGCAUCUUCCUUGCAUUCUAACGACCUGAUAAACUUCUUAACUGAUAUCCUUAAUGGAAUGUUGCCUUGGUCGUCUGUCACAAAACAUCAUUUUAGAUCGAAGGUUGCUGUGAUCCUUGAGAUUUUGAUCAGAAAGUGUGGAAAUAAAGCUGUUGGGUUAGUCGUGCCUGAUAAGUACAAGGGUUUCGUCAAGACCAUUGAAGAGGGGCGUCUCUGGAAGAAGAAACCAGACGCGCUUUCUACUUCUGAUACAGCAAUGGGUUCAGAAAAUGAUAUAAAGAAACGAAGAGAAAAAAGGGCACUUGAAGGUCCUUCACGCAAGCAUUCGAAAGGAUCAUCUGAUGCUAUUCGCAAAGGGAAAAGAUGGAAACAGCAAAAGGACAUGUCCAGCAUAAAAAACAAAACUAAUGUUGAUGGUAGGAAAAUCCAAUCACUGGAGGGGUUUGAUCCCUCUGUUCCGGGGAAUCCGUUUAAAAAAGAUUUAAAACGGCAGAAUAAGAAACGCAAGAUGAGUGUGGACGAGAAGCCAGAUAGAAGAAAUAAAAUGAUGAAAACUGAGAGGAAAAAAGACAAUCAGAAAUCUGGUGCAUUUUCGAAAUUCAACAGGAACAGAAGGAAAUCAGGAAGCAAGGCCCCAAGUGAUUAGAAUUUGAGGGGGCAAGAUAUAUAGCAGCUGAAGUGCAUUCUCUUGUAGUAGUAGCUUAUUAAUUAUUUAUGGGGUAGACAGGCGCCUGAGAUUGAGGCUUGCUUGUUGAGGGCUCUUAUUACGGUACGAGACGCGCAUCUUUACCCAGUGAGCAAGAACUAGAAAGAGAAAAAUCUCAAAUUACUAGAGGCAGGUGUCUUUUCCUAUUGCAGGAAGUCGAAGAUGGGCUCUCUUGGCCGCAUAACAAUGAAUCAACGCUCUGGAUGUACAGGGCGGUUCAUUUGAAUCUGGUGUAGGGAGAAUUUGUUCAUCAUGCAAGAUAUAUUUAUUACAAUCAGCUUGAGGGAGGGAGAAGGUUGGAAAAUUGUUGUUCUCGAUGUUGGGAUGCCAUCUUCUCACAAAAUUUUGGAUGGCGUAUAAUUGUUCUUGUUAAUUAUGCAUUCCAUUACUGUUGCUUUUCUUGAUUCGGCAGCGUUAUUUCCUUUUAGGGGCUGUUUGGUUCAAUUUCUAUAAAAAAGAGGAAAGAGAAAAGUAUCCAAAUUUUGAUUUCCUUGUAUUUCUAUAAAAUUUGUAGGAAAAUUAUAUAGAACUCAAAAGAGUACCAUAUUUCUUGCUUUU